CCAAGCGAAGCUCUACUGUACAAAUGGACACUCCAAACCGCCGAAGCCCUUUGUUUCGCACACAGAUUAGGGAUCUUACACUCUGACAUCCAUCCUCUCAAUUUCUUGCUCAGCGGCAAUCUCGAUCUUAAAGUUGGAGAUUGGGGCGGUGCAUCUGUGGAUGGAAGUCCUUCGCAUUGCUCCUAUCGCUACAGAUACCGUUUGUUCACUCCCAAUGGCACCGACUUCGUCAAAGAAAAUGGUGUUUCUCCGGCAACAGAGAUCUUCGCCUUUGGAAUGGCGGUGUACGCGAUAGUAUCUGGAAAACCGAUCUGGCCUGAAUUAGAGGAACCAAGGGAUUGGGAAGAGAUCAAGAAAAGAAUUGUGAAGAGAAGAUUUCCUGAUACGAAGGGAUUGAAGAUACUGGGGGAUGUUGUGAAGGGAUGUUGGAGUGGAAGGUUCAACAGUAUGGAGGAAGUCAGGGUUGCGAUUGAG